AUGGAAGGAUCGGCCCUUUCCACCUUUUCGCGGGCAUCACGUUUAAGCCCGAAGCGAACCGCAAGCCAAACGAUGGCUGCCACAACGCUCGCCAACGACGCCAGCCAUGGUGCAUACGAUGGCAACCGUGAAUCACUGGCGAACGGCGCAAUGGGAAGGGAACCACGCCGGGAGCCACGGGAACCAAUGCCGGACAGUUCGUCGCGGGAUUCACCAGCCACGAAUCGGAUCCGUACGUUCAUGGGCAAAACGCCGAGCGCCAUCAAGUCCAAGUUUCUGUCCGUGCUGGGUAACAGUACCGAGAUCAUUAACGGAAUCUCCAACAAGAUUGAUGCCGCCCUAAGUCUCACAUCGUCCUCCGACACCGAAACGACGGCCAACCGCAACCAGAUGAAGGUGGACGAUAUGUUGCGGCGAAAGUACGAAUCGUCCAACAUGAAGCACCCAGAUGAUACCCGUGGUGAACAUCAGAUCGAUUACGAGCUGCGUCGGGCGAAGGAGCGACGGGCACACGAGGAGGUUCUAUCUGGACGCUAUCGCAAUCCUGCCUUUUCGCAUCUACUACCGCCUCCACCUCCUCCGCCACCACCACCACCACUACCACCUGUUCUGAGUACUGCUCCACAACCGGUGCCAAUAGCGGCGACUACGGUCAAAGCGACAGCCAUUAGCAAAGGCGACGGCGAGGAUCGUGUAACGGAGCGGGCCCCUUCGCAUAGUAUCAGUGCCGACUUUAGCCACAGCAACUACAGCCAGAACUCGUACUCGCUCGAUUCCAAGUCACCACAACCGUCGGCUGGCGGAACGGAUGGUGGAGAACCAGUGGGCAGGGCGGCACCUCUUGGCAUCAACACCGUCGCCACGCCGGAAGGGUUUCCCUGGGGCAAGGACUUCUACCAAGGUCGGGAGCCACGGUUAGGUAUUCCAAGCAGUGCCUCGACCAGCGACAACGAAUCGUGUGCCUUCAGUGGCACGCUCGAGUCGUCCGAGCUGAAGAUGUGGAUCCGGUCGGAGUCGGAAAACUCGGUACCAUCGUGGGCAUCCUCGAUCAGCCUCGACAGCCAGUCGGAGGAAGCGGUACUGGACUUUAUGAAGCGAUUCGUGCGCAUUCUCUUCCACGAUAGCUCCAGCAUAACGCUUCAGCUGAAAUCCGACUUUGGGCAGUACGCACGGACGGAAACGGGACGAUUGUGGUUUUCACGCCUGGUUAAUGCACAGCGCGCAAAAACGAAGCGGGUGGACGAAUCCACGUUCUACUCGCUGAUACAAUACUUUGCGAUCGUGCUGUUUGAGUGUGCCGAAAGCGAGGACUACUCUCCGGCCAAAACGCUUAUGAACAUGUGCUUUACCUUUUACCACGAUAUUGAUGUACCGGGCUGUGAUCCGUACCGGGAGUACCUGUACACCUAUCUGCGCGAUCAACCGAUCUGGCAAACGUUGCGCUUUUGGAAUGCGGCCUUCUUCGAUGCACUGCAAACGGAAAGGAAACAUCGGCCGGUGCCACCGACGGUUAAGCAUUCUCCCAGUGCACCCCCGUCACAGGUGAAACACAUGUCCAAAAGCGCUGGCGCUGGUGGUGGAACCGUACCCAACACAGCAGAUCCAUUUCUGGGAUUUGCGGAGGAGGUUGCGACCAGUGCAACUACCACCCUCACCGUUCCUGAGCUGGAGCGUUCGUCAUCAACCAGUGCUUGCGAUCGGACGGAUCCGGCUGAACUGCAGGAGGACAAACAUUACCAUCAGAAUCUCAGCUUUGGCCAGUUAGGGAGCUUCACAUGCAACAUGCACGCAUUUGGACUUUCGCGGGAAUUGUGCAAUGAGUUCCUUGUGAAGCAGAGUGUGAUCGCUAAUCUUUCACCGGAGCAACAGAAACUGCUACAAGAGAAUGUGGAUCGAAUGUACCGCGAAACGGACCCCUGGAGGGAGAACUGA